AUUUUCCUGUUGUAGUGAGCGCUGUCAGCAUCGGUACACUGUGUUCGCUGGAAACAUGUCUGAACGUGGAUGAUGGUGGUCCACACACCAUGUUCUACCACCCCCUGUUGCAGCUGAGCCUCCCCUCGGCCUGACCUCCAGUACCCCCCCUCAGACACCAUGGAUCCAGACCAGCAGAGCAGCCCUCUUCCCCAGCCCAGUGCAGAGUAUUUCUCAUGGGACUACCGCCUCCAGCUUAUUGUCCUGGGCUUUGCCUUCUAUGCAGCAGUAUUCCUCCUGUCCCACCUCCUGUCUGUGUCUCUGUCCCACACCUACACCUCCCUGCUAGCUAAGGAGAAGGUUUUCUGGAACCUGGCAGCGACUCGGGCGGUGUUUGGCAUCCAGAGUACUGUAGCCGGCCUGCGGGCCCUGACUGAGGACUCGCUGUUAACCAGAGACAGAAUGAGGGGACAAGAGGACUGGUCGUGGUUUACUGUCCUCACUGCCACAGGUUUCUUUGUGUUUGAGAACAUAGCACUUCACGCCUCCAGUGUGGUCUUUCGUUCAUUUGACCUGCCGCUGGCAACGCACCAUUUCUUCGCCCUGUCCAGUUAUGCAGGGGCGGUGGUGUGGGACUCCCUGGGCCACUUUCUGCCGAUGGUGACGCUGCUGCUGGAGAUGAGCACGCCAUUCACCUGUAUGUCCUGGAUGUUGCUGAAGGCUGGCUGGGCGAGCACCCUGUUUUGGAGAGCCAACCAGUGGGUGAUGAUCCACACGUUCCACUGUCGCAUGGUGCUCACCUACUACAUGUGGUGGGUAAGCUUGAGCCACUGGGGAGAGCUCAACGCCCAUGUGGUCCUGCCCCAGCGUGUGCUGUUCUUCACUGGCCUCGCUCUGCUCACGUUUAUCAUCAACCCCAUCUGGACUCACAAGAAAACCAUGCAGCUGCUCAAUCCGGUGGACUGGAACUUUGGCAACAAGCCGGCACCCAUAAACGGUGCCUCUCAGGGUCAGUCAGGGGUUUCUGUCAAACCCCACACCAGCUGAGGGGUAUUUCUUUUUUAAGGGAUGUGUGAAGUCACUUUGAGAGUGAUGAUAGUGAGGUGGGUGUUUUCAAGAUUCAUUCUAUCAUAACAUUUUUUUACACAUACUUUAAGUAAACUUUGCUAUUCAAAAAAGCCCUUAAAGGUUAAUCAUGACCAUCUGGUAUUAUCUUGAUAAAGUCUGCACCAUUGUCUUCCCUCAGGCUUUAUAUUCAGGCAGGUUCAUGUUGCUUUGGUUUUUGGGAAGGAGUAUUAAUUUUCCAUCUGUGUGUGUGACUUUUAAUAUGUAGGUGUCAUUGUGUAGGGCAGUGGAAACGAGGCCCUGCUUGUUACCUUCACCUUCAGGCCACUGCGUGAAAUAUCCACUUCACCAUUCAUAUGAUGGAUUAUUUAUUCACAAUAGAGAAAUACAUGACACGGCACUUCUUAAACGAGCCAUACAGAGGAACAAACAUACGUUUUUUAUCAUCUUGUUUAUCAGGAAAAAUCAGUUUAUUGAGUUAUUUUAUUGGACGUAUUAAGUUAAAAGAAACAAUGUAAAAGAACACUGUACAUCGACAGUAUUUUAAAGAUUUACAUAUUGUAAAUUUUGAGGAGGAAUUGCACUAUAUAUAUUUUCAUCUACCCACAGCUGCUUCUGGUCUGUUCUAUAGAUAGUCCAGUUGAUCUUUCAGGAAUAAAGAAGUAUUUGAACACGUUGUGUGCUUGUUGAUACAACAUGAGUUGUAAAACCACCCAGUAGUCUUUGUCAUACAGGGACCCAUUGGUGCUUUGUCAACAGACAUAGACAACAUUAUUCAGCACUGAUUGGGUAGUGUGGGCAGGUAAAUUGGUUUAAGUUUAAGAAUGGGGCUCUAUAGGUGAGCCAUCAGAGUUAUCUGAUCACUAAGUGGACAAUUAGAUCUGUCCAUUCAUAAGUCACAUUGGUGGUUUGGGGCUGUGAAUCUCCUCUAUAAGUAGAGAGGGAAAUGUUUACUGUGGUCGUGAAAGAAAAUGCCUUUUUAACAGAAUCUUCUUUGUUGGUGGACGAAAGCUCGGGCCUGGUCCUCCACACAAAGGUCCCUUUGUCUAAACAUGGAGAUGUAAUGUGGCAAAACUGAAGCAGUGUUGAUAAGAGAAUAACCAAGCAACAUUUUAAUCAUGAUGAUUUUUUGGUAUUAAGAGUCAGUUUUAAUAAAGUAUUAUUUCUGCUAAUGGCCUCAUUCUACUGGAAAUAUUGGCUUUGUGUGUUUGGUAUGUCCAUUGUCAAACAGUAUGUCUAACAUACGUUUUUGUAUUCUUGUCAUUUGCUGCACACUCUCACAUCCUUUCACAUACAGUUUGUGGUGGCUGUAUCUCAUGUCAUGUCUAAUAAGAAUUGUAGAAAUUGCAUUUUUACCAUUAGUAUUAAUCUAUGUUAAUUUUUUUUGUUUGUAAAAUUGUUAAACACCUUGAAUUUGGCCUGAGGGUCAACUCAGAGGUGGUUACUGAACAGUUGAAGACAUGUUUUCACCUGCUAUUUCUCACAAGAAGCUGAUUCACUGAGUUAUCUGUAUUAGUUUACUGAGUCAAAUCCAGAACCCCCUCAAAUCUGAAAUGUGGAAGAAGAAAUGUGCUGGGUUUUACUCAUUAGCUUAACCCCAAUAAGUCACCUACUUUUGUGUACACUGUGCAUCCUCAGUGGCUGAAUCAACACAAAUAAGUUUAAAGGAAAUGUGUUGAGUACAUUUCAAAAGUAUUGUCAGCGGGUUAUUUUUAAACAAGAAUAAGUCUUUGUCCUCUGACUACAUCUGAUGUUGAUAUAUCAUCACUAAAAAAUGCUAAUAUUAGACUGUUUUCACUUUGCUUUGCAUUUGUUAUGACAGCAUAGAAUUAAAGUUGUGGGGUUGGUGGAUGAUUCCCUGUAGAUUCUACCAACUGUUCAACAUCCUGUUUGUGUUGGAAAUGCAUUAAUUUGAGUUACGCAAUAAAAUGUU